UCUUGCAUCUCAGACACAUUCACACUCGGCCAUCAGGGCUGCACUUCCAACAUCUCUACUCUCUCUCCCCUCCAUCUCUCCCUCUUUAAUCCUGCCUCUGCUUUAUUGUGCCGUCUCUCCUUUCUUGCUGUUCCCUCUCGUCUUUUCCCAUCUCUUUCGAUCACUUUUCCAAAGUGUCAGAAUAUGGGCUGUGGUAAUUCAACACCUACCAUCACUGCUGCAGGUCCAGCUGAAUCGGUCAAAGAUAUACAAGAUGAUUCAUCUGGAGAUGCGGAGAAGAGGCAAAACUAUGGUGGAGUUUAUGUGGGCAUACCUGCAGACCUCAGUAAUGUGGCUCCCGGCCAGAUACCUUCUACACUCAAGGGUGAGAUAAAGACUUUGCCUGGAUUUGCUUAUUAUUAUCAUCUAUAGUUGCAGAAGAAGAUAGGUAACAUAGCAGAUAAGAAUAUAGACAUCUUUAUGAAAAUGUCUACGAAAAUCGGUGAGCCGAAGAAUAAUUGUUUACUUGAAAUUCAUUACUCGCACAAUGAAAAGCAAUUUCCUCAAUUCUCUCUGCAUGGUCCCGUGUCGGGUCAGUCUAAGAAAUCUUAAAAAGAAGCAAUGAAUUAUAUUUAGGACUGUGGUGUGAAGGACAGUGUGUGUGUGUGUGUGUGUCUCUGGUUGUGUCUUGAGGCUCUGGGAUGUGUUAAUUGGAGAAACAUCUCUCCAUAGGGAAAGCGGAAACUGCUGCGUGCCAGAGAGUGCACUUAUUAAGCCAGCGGUUCAUUUUUUUUGUGUGUUUUUGUGUGUAUUGUGAGGAUACACAUUUGUAUUUGUGUGUAUGUGCCGAGAUUGUUCACGAGUGUUGCAUGGCUACAUAAAUGAACCCAUUAUUUCAUCAACAGAAUAAUGAGAUUCAGAACGGAACGUACAGUUCAAGGUAAGCACGUCCUUUUUGUCUUCAACACCCUCUCAAACAUGUAUAACUUACUUUCAUCUGCAGAACACAAAAGAAGAUAUUUUGAAGAAUGUUGGAAGCCGAACAGCGCCUUUACCUAUUCACUUCUAUUGUACGGACACAAAACCACUGCA